CUCUGAGUCGUCCCCUACCCAUAUAUUUAUUAUUGCGUAUCAUUCUUUGUGAUUGGCUGAUUAUAAUCUUUAAAGUCUUUUCAUGACCGAUAAUUAAGGACUGAUAAAUUUGAAUGAAAUAAAGUUUUAUGUAUUUUAACUUCCUUAAAAAAUUAAUUUUUUUGUCUCCUUGGUUACUACGAGGAGAUUUUUUAAUUUUAUUGAUUUAUAGAUUAAGGCAAAUUUCUUAUCUUUUAUUUAACCAAAAAGAGGCUAUUAUGGUUUUCUUAUUUACAAAACUUUUUCGUAAUAUUGUUCUUCUUGUUGUGGCUUUUAAUUUGAUUGGUUACUACCUUCGCUGGAAAAAUUACAACAUUCUAGCCAAGGACUUUAAGACAAUUGCAGCGGCUGCUGCAAGUAAUAAUGCUUUAUCAGCAAUCUCAAAAUUCCAAUCUGAUCUCAAACGUACAUACAAAGGACAUACGCUGAUCGGAGAUUCGAGCUGGAAUCCUCUUUCUAUGGGCGGACUUCAGCUUCGUUUGCAGCUUAUUUAUGCUACUCCAUUUGAAGCGUAA